GUAGGAGAACAUGACACUUGGGUUACUUGAGUGUUUUUGACUGUAAUAGAAGAACUUUAAACCGAGGAUUGGUAUGAAAGUAAUGGCUGCAGUCAGACAUGUGGUGUGUGCCAUGUCCGGUGGGGUGGACAGUUCUGUCUCUGCUCUGCUGCUCAAACGCAGAGGUUACCAGGUGACAGGAGUUUUUAUGAAGAACUGGGACUCUCUGGAUGAACGAGGGGUUUGUAACUCAGAGACAGACUGUGAAGAUGCCUAUAGAGUGUGCAGGCUGCUGGACAUUCCCUUUCAUCAGGUCUCUUAUGUCAAGGAGUACUGGCAUGAAGUGUUUAGUAAUCUACUUGUAGAGUACCAGAAGGGCAGAACACCGAAUCCAGACAUCAUGUGCAACAAAUACAUCAAGUUUAAACACUUCUAUGAGUACGCAGUCAAUAUUCUGGGAGCUGAUGCCAUGGCAACCGGUCACUAUGCUCGGACGUCUCAGGAGGACGAUGAGGUUUUCCAGCAGAGACACACGUCGAAACCUCGGUCUCUCUUCAGAGAUCGCUUUGAGAUUAGAAACCCUGUGAGGUUGUAUCAAGGUGCAGAUCUUAUCAAGGACCAAACCUUCUUUCUCAGUCAAAUCUCCCAGGAUGCACUGCGCCGAACCAUCUUCCCACUGGCCGGAUUGACUAAAGAUUUCAUAAAAAAGAUGGCUGCCGAGGCUGGUUUUCAUCAUGUACUAAAGAAGAAAGAGAGUAUGGGAAUCUGCUUCAUCGGGGAGAGACAUUUUGAGGAUUUUAUCCUCCAGUAUUUGGAACCCAAAUCUGGACAUUUCGUCUCCAUUGAAGAUGGGAAGAUAAUGGGGGAACAUAAAGGUUGGUUCACGUUUACAUUGGGACAGAGAGCUCGCAUAGGAGGACAGAAAGACGCUUGGUUUGUGGUGGAUAAAGAUGUUGCAACUGGAGACAUUUUCGUCUGUCCAACUACAAACCACCCAGCACUGUUACGAGAUACAGUGGGGACGGAUCGGUUCCACUGGAUAAGUGAAGAACCUCCUGCUGAACUGGUGCGCACUCAGAUGAUGGAGUGUCACUUCAGAUUCAUUCACCAGAUGCCUUUAACUCCAUGCUCUGUCACUCUGAAUCUGGAUGGAUCAGUGUGGAUAACAGCAAAGUAUCCACUAAGAGCACUCACACCUGGACAGUUUGCAGUGUUGUAUAAAGGGGACGAGUGUCUGGGCAGUGGAAAGAUUAUUCAGCUGGGUCCCAGUGAGCACACGAUACAGAGGAGCCGCACUCAGCUCCCACGUGAUCCUGCUGGCUGAAGUGCAGCACCUCAAACAGCACCUACACUACCUCCUCCAGACUCGGCUGCAUGGAUAUGAUGCACAGCUCAGAGAUUUUAGUGAAGGGUAGAACCUCAGGAUGGAUUUUGACAUGUUCAUGGACUAUCAAAAUGGUUAUUUAAAGCUGCUGAAAAUAGAAUCUGUAAAUUAUAAAGAAUUUUAAGAGCACUGAUGAGUAGGAAUACAUUUUAGGACUGUUAUGCAUCUUAAAAGUUCACAUGUACAUAUAAGAUCUUUUAAAUAAAAAGAAAUGUACAUUUUUAAUUGACUGCCUAAAUGAUGAUCCCCAUUACCAGUUCUGGGCUGAAUAGUGUUAUUCCUCUAUCUGCUUAUUUUUUUACCACAAAACAUGCCAGUAGUUGGGUUGUUAACUCCCGGCUUGUCCUAAAUGUAAGCAGGUGUAAAUGAAUGAGUUUUUUUAUGCCUUACCACGAACUGAAUUCCUGUCCAGCGUUUAUUCCCACAAUUUGAGUUAGAUUAGAUAUACAACAGAUCCUGAUUUUGAGAGAUGAAAACCUGUUCACAAAAGUAUUUACACCCUUCAUUCAAUACAUUGUAAAAGCACUUUUAAUAGCAAUUACAGCAGCAAGUUCUCUGGUAUACCUGGAUUGAAGCUGUUUAUCCCAGUAUUCAUGGCAGAAGAGUUUCCUCUUAAGUUCUGUUGCAUUGGAAGGCUGGUGUCUAUGAACUGCCAUCUUCAGGUCUCGCCUCAAAUGUUUGAUGGGCUUUAAGGUCGGGCUUUGGCUGAGCCACUCAAGGACAUUCGGUGACUUAUCCCAAAGCCACUGCAGUGUUGUUUUGUCUGUAUGCUUUGGGUCACUAUUGCGUGGAAAGGUCAAUUGUGACCCUACUCUUUCUUGCCCUACAAUGGACUUCCUGUCCACUGAUAAACCUUGUGUAAUGAGUAACUACCGUUCCUGUCAUAAUUGUUACCAAAUGUAAAACAUGAUGUUAAAAUCCUAAUAAAUAAACCAACAACA